AUGACUUCAACCCUUUUAUUUAAGGCAUUGACCUUCAACUCUUUUUACACAGAGCCAGCCCCCCUGGGACUUGGGAUAGUCGUCCCACAUGUGGGACGCGCGUCUCACUUGUCCCAGGAUAGUUGGGACGGUCGUCCCAACUCUGGGACGGUGGUUGUCGCCGCCGUCCCUUUCGACGUCCGGGGGACGUCUCGAAACGUUUAUGCGAGUAGUCGCGAAAAGAUGGUUUAG